AUGUUUGCCUUUCUCUCUCUUGUGUGUCUUUCUCUCUCUUGUGUGUCUUUCUCUCUCUUGUGUGUCUUUCUCUCUCUUGUGUGUCUUUCUCUCUCUUGUGUGUCUUUCUCUCUCUUGUGUGUCUUUCUCUCUCUUGUGUGUCUUUCUCUCUCUUGUGUGUCUUUCUCUCUCUUGUGUUUUUCUCUUUUUUUAAUCCUUUUUCUUUUCUUGCUGACUCCCCCCCCAACUUUUCUUUGUCUGUUGACCCCCUACAUUUUUUCUGUUCCUGCUAAGCCCUUACCCCCCACAAACACUUUUUCUUCGCCUCUUGACCCCCUACACUUUUCAGUGUCAACCGAAGCGUUCCCCCUCCCCGUUCCCAUUUCUUUGUUCACUGAACCCCCUUCUUUGCCUAUUGAACCCCCUUUUUUACUUGCUGACAUCCCCACUGUCUCCCCAUACUUUUCAUACUGUUCUCCCAGCUUUCUCUCUACCCUUCUCUUUUAUAAAAUCUUGAUAGAUUUGUUAAGAAAUCAUAUUCUUCAGCAAUCAAGUUCAUAA